AUUUUCCGAUUGCUUCCCGUUCAUUUUAAAAAUUGUUUUCAGUUUGGUCUCAUUUUUUUGGAAACUUAGUUUGGGUGAAAAUUUUCUUUUUUUGGUCAAUAUCUUCUUCUUGAGCCCAAAACAAAAUGUGUAAGCGUCCGAGUUGUCCUCCGCCAAAAUCCAGCUGUCCGCCCAAGCCGUCUCCGCCGCAAUGCAAGCCCGGUCCGACUCUCUGGUCAAAGCUCAACUGUGUGCCCUGCAACCGACUGUUCUUCUUUCUGGUGGGUGCCGGCAUUGGGCUGUACUACGACCAGAUGAAGAAGGACAUGCAGAAGUCCCAAGAAGAAGCGGCCAAGCAGGUCAAGAAGACCCCCAAAGAACUGGAGAAGGAGAAAAAGGAAAGCGAAAAGAAGGAGAAGGAAAAGAAGGAGAAGGAGAAGAAAGAGAAGGCUCAGCAAGAGAAGGAGCGCAAGGAGAAGGAGAAAAAGGACAAAGAGAAAAAGGAGAAGGAGAAAAAGGAAAAAUGAAAAUAUUCUCGCUCAGAGCAUCUUCCAGUCAUCAACAAGAAGAUGUCUUCCCCAAACUAUAAAUUUCCAGUUAAAAUUUUAAUGCCAAUAAACAAAAUCUGAAGGCCAA